CCCUAAAUGUUUUAUCACAGCCGUCACAUCCUUAUCAUAAUGCUAUAAAGCCUUCAGUCUGAGCUAGGGUUUAAUUUUCAGAUCUUAAGCCACUGCCGCUUGCAGCCUCUUUUCAUUUUCUCGUCACUGAUUCAGAGUGAGAGUAGUAUAUUGAGGAAGAAUGUCGCAUCGCAAGUUUGAGCACCCAAGACAUGGCUCUUUGGGGUUUCUCCCAAGGAAAAGGGCAUCUCGCCAUAGAGGAAAAGUGAAGGCCUUCCCCAAGGAUGAUCCAUCUAAACCUUGCAGAUUAACUGCUUUUAUGGGUUACAAAGCUGGGAUGACUCAUAUUGUUAGAGAAGUUGAAAAACCUGGGUCAAAGCUCCACAAAAAAGAAACAUGUGAAGCAGUUACUGUUAUAGAAACACCUCCAUUGGUGGUGGUCGGGGUUGUUGGUUAUGUCAAGACACCUCGUGGUCUUCGUUCGCUAUGCACUGUCUGGGCUCAGCAUCUGAGUGAAGAUGUGAAGAGGAGGUUCUACAAGAACUGGAUGACCUCUUAA